AUGCAGAAAAUUUUGCAGCAGCAUAACCUGCCAAAACUGCAGAAAAACAUAAUCUGGCAUAUCCCGAAACUGUCCCAAAACAGGUUUUACCCUCCACUGCCCUAUCCUAACCGUGUAAUUCCUAAAGCGAGGGAUCAGCAACUCAAGGACUUUAUGCAGACACUAUCCAAAGUUCAAAUCAACAUUCUAUUGCUGGAUGCGAUCAAGAAAAUUCCAUCAUAUGUCAAAUUUUUGAAAGAAGUUUGCAGCAGCAAAAAGAACCUUGCAGAUUUGGACAAAGUCUUUUUGACAAAACAGUGCAUCGCAGUUUUGCUACACAAGCUGCCACCUAAGAAAAAUGAUCCAGGGAGUUUUAAUAUUUCUUGCACUAUUGAAAAUUCUAAUUUUAAAAUUGAUUUGGGUGCAAGUAUUAAUUUGAUGCCUUUUUCUAUUUUCCAGGGAUUAGGACAAGGAGAUUUAAAGCCUACAUCAAUUAUACUUCAACUGGCUGAUCGUUCAAUCACUUAUUCAAGAGGUGUUAUUGAAGAUCUAAUUAUUAAGGUUGAUAAUUUUUAUCUACCGGCAGAUUUUGUGGUUUUAGACAUGGACGAAGACUUUCAAACACCUAUUAUUUUGGGGAGGCCGUUUAUGGCAACAAUUAGGACUUUAAUUGAUGUGGAAGCUGGAACAUUGACUUUACUGGUUCAGGACCAAUCUGUGGUGUUUAAUUUGUUUGAGGCAGCGAAAUGUCCUGCUGAACAGCAAGAAUGUAUGUGCAUUGAUGUGGUAGACAGUAUGGUUCAAGACAGUUUUUAUGACAGUUCCCGGAUCUAUAAGGAAAGACCUAAAGCAUUUCAUGACAGUCAAAUUUUACGGAAGGAAUUUCAGCCAAGGCAAAAGGUUAUGUUAUUCAGUUCAAGGCUUAAGUUAUUUCCAGGGAAAUUAAAAUCUCGCUGGACUGGACCCUACCCGGUGACUCAAGUUUUUUCUCAUGGGGCAGUUGAAAUAACUAAUAAGGCUAAGGGAAACGCAUUCAAGGUAAAGGGUCACAGACUGAAACCCUACAUAGAGACACCCUUUGACAUUACAAAUAAGUCUUUGACUCUGAAGGAACUAGUGAUUUGA